CCACGUGGGGCCGAGGGGCAAGUGCGUGAGGGCCGGGGCCCUGGUGGCAGAGCGGCUGGGCCUGGGCCCCAGUGUGGGCGGGGACGGGCACCUUGCUCCGCUCUGACCCCUGGUGUCCUUCACUGCGGGGUCACGCCCGCCCGCCUGUGCUGUGCGAGGAAUAGCGAGAGGCCCACCAGGCCCUGGCCCCAGACAAAGGAGGUGAUGCAGUCGCCGCCACAAAGGGCCUGCCGCGGUCUCCAUUCCCGCUGGCCCUUGGAGAGGGCUCCACCUCGGAGCCGGCCCUGAUCGGAGGGCAGCAUGUUCCGGUUCAUGAGGGAUGGCGAGCCCGAGGACCCCAUGUUCGCAAUGGACCCUUUUGCCAUCCACCGCCAGCACAUGAACCGCAUGCUCUCUGGCAGCUUCGGAUUCAGCCCGUUCCUCAGCAUCACUGAUGGGACCAUGCCCGGGGUGCGCCAGGCGGGCCGCAGAAUGCAGGCAGUAGCCAUCUCGCCCUUUGGGAUGCUGGGAACGGCAGGUGGUUUCAUGGACAUGUUCGGAAUGAUGAACGACAUGAUUGGGAACAUGGAGCAUAUGACAAGCGGUGCCAACUGUCAGACAUUUACCUCCUCAACAGUUAUCUCCUAUUCCAACCUGGGUGAUGGCCCCAAAGUUUAUCAGGAGACCUCAGAGAUGCGUUCUGCACCUGGUGGGAUCCGCGAGACGAGACGAACUGUGCGGGACUCGGACAGUGGCCUAGAGCAAAUGUCAAUUGGGCACCACAUUGGGGAGCGAGCACACAUCAUGCAGCGCUCAAGGAAUCAUCGUACAGGGGACCAGGAGGAGAGGCAAGAUUACAUAAACAUGGAUGAGAAUGAUGCAGCUGCAUUUAAUGAUGAGUGGAGACGAGAGACAUCCCGGUACCGGCCACAACGAGGGCUAGAUUAUCGACGUCAUGAAGGCAGCAGUGGCCGCCGAGCUGAAGGAACACGUCUUGCUAUCCAGGGUCCUGAGGAUUCUCCAUCCAGACAGUCCCGUCGGUAUGACUGGUGAAUCCAGAGCAGACUGUGUGGGGGUGCAGUAUGAUCACCCCCACAUCUACCUAUGCUUUCUUGUACAGACAGUGAAACUGAUGAAGCCCCUUCAAAACACCGCUUGGACCCUUUUUGAAUUUAAUAUUAAACUCCCCCAUCCUCUUAAGAAUUGAAUAAAGCAACUAACCCUCUGCACUAGUCUCUUUGCCCAGUAGGGGUGUUGCUGGAGGCAUGGGGAUGUUGAUGUUGUACAGUGGACACGUUUAUAACCCUGCCUCAAUUUCUCCUUUUCUUUUUUCCGAUCUCCCUUUUGGCUCUGUUACUUCUGCCAGUAUUGGUGGGUGCAAAGGGCCAGUACCAAGGGUUUUUUUUUUUUUUUUUCAUCCUGUCCAGUUCUUCUGUGCCUGGCUCUGGCUGGUUCUGGAACUGAAAUGAUUGUGAAGAAAUUCUCCUGGGCUCCCUGUUAGUCCCCUUAGUGAGAGGAAAGCCCACUUCCUCUGUUGCUCCCUGUUACAGUAUGGGGAGGGUGAAAGGAUGUGCAUAUGGGAGGUAGAGCAGAACAAGAGCUGGACCAGUUUGUAACCCGUUGAACCCUCCUUCCAAUCAACUCCCUCACUUUUUUUUUUUUUUUUUUUAAUUUCUGAAACUUGUAACUAGAUGUCUACUGAAUAAAGGAACAAAAGCUCUAAAGAAAA